GCUACGUAUUUGUGGUGCAGUUCGCGGGUGGUUGUGGGUCUGUAGGUUUGAAUAGGGAAGAUGGCAGCCGCGGCAGUGGUGGAGUUUCAGAGAGCUCAAUCUCUCAUCAGUACGGACCGGGACGCCUCUAUCGAUAUUCUACACUCGAUAGUGAGGCGGGAUGUUCAGCAGGAUGAUGAAGAAGCGGUGCGCGUCAAAGAACAGAGCAUCCUGGAACUUGGCACACUGUUGGCCAAGACGGGGCAAGCAGCAGAGCUUGGAGGGCUCCUGAAGUUUGUCAGGCCUUUCCUGAUCUCCAUAAGCAAGGCCAAGGCAGCCCGACUGGUGCGCUCUCUGCUGGAUCUCUUUUUGGAUAUGGAAGCAGCCACGGGCCAGGAGGUAGAGCUGUGUCUGGAGUGCAUUGAGUGGGCCAAAGCUGAGAAGAGGACGUUUCUCAGACAGGCAUUGGAGGCUCGUUUGAUUUCACUGUAUUUUGACACCAAGAGGUUCCAGGAGGCCUUGCAGUUGGGUUCCCAGUUACUGCAAGAGUUGAAGAAGAUGGAUGACAAAGCUUUACUUGUGGAGGUCCAACUGCUUGAGAGUAAAACCUAUCAUGCACUCAGCAACUUGCCUAAGGCCAGGGCUGCCCUUACCUCUGCCAGGACCACAGCCAAUGCCAUCUACUGUCCUCCCAAGCUUCAGGCAGCAUUGGACAUGCAGUCAGGCAUUAUCCAUGCAGCUGAAGAGAAGGACUGGAAGACAGCCUAUUCUUACUUCUUUGAGGCAUUUGAGGGCUAUGACUCCAUCGACAGCCCCAGGGCCAUCACUGCCCUGAAAUACAUGCUCCUCUGCAAGAUCAUGCUCAACUUGCCUGAAGAAGUACAAGCCUUGAUCAGUGGCAAACUGGCCUUACGAUAUGCUGGGAGACAGACGGAUGCUCUGAAGUGUGUAGCACAAGCAAGCAAGAACAGGUCAUUAGCAGACUUCGAAAAGGCGCUGACGGAGUACACAAAAGAACUGAGGGAUGACCCAAUCAUCAACACACACUUGGCAAAGCUCUAUGACAACCUGCUGGAGCAGAACCUAAUCCGUGUCAUUGAGCCCUUCUCUAGAGUACAGAUAACCCACAUAUCAGGGCUCAUCAAACUGUCAAAGGGUGAUGUUGAGAGAAAAUUGUCACAAAUGAUCCUGGACAAGAAGUUCCAUGGCAUUCUUGACCAAGGUGAGGGAGUCCUGAUCAUCUUUGAGGAGCCUCCUGUAGACAAGACUUACGAGGCGGCUCUCGAAACCAUACAGAACAUGAGCAAAGUUGUGGAUUCACUGUACAACAAAGCUAAGAAGUUGACAUAGAACAAACGCAAAAGGAUUUUGCUCUGCAGAGUGGAUGUGUGUGUGUGUGUGUGUGAGUGUAUGUCUGCAUGCGUGUGUGGCCAACAUGUGGAGCCUUUUUUGUCAAGGCGAGAAGGGACAAUAGAGUAAGACUCACAAAAUUACAACGGAUUCACUUCGCUCCCCAACCGAGAGUUUUUAACUCCUCAUUCAAUGGACAAUUUCAUCCUUCUCUUCUCCUCUUUAUUUUGAUCUUUCAUUUCUCCCCCCCUCAGUGUAUCUGUCAUCGGCCAGUAUGGCCAUCAGGGAAUAUUGUACAACUACAAUAAAAUCUUAAAGUCAUCACAUAGAAAUCUAUAACUCUUUUUACAGAUCGAGUAACAACCUCCAGUGGUGCAAUACUGCUUCAACUCCCUGUUCUUUUGGGGUCGCGAGGAAAUGUGGAUAACUGUGAUUGUCUCCAUUAGUUCUAGUCUCAUGGAAGCACAUUUAUUCUGUCUGCAGUAAAAGUAGGAUGUGCCAGAUCCAGGCAUGUUAAGGCUAUUCAAAUGGUUCUGUAGCGAGCACUGUUGCCAGCAAUCAGACCAAUCAUGGUUAUUUUUCCAAUAUUUUUUAAGUUCAAAUGAUUUGAGUUUGAUGUACAGUUACUCGGUAUACUCUUGAUUAUACACAUUGCAGUUCAUUGUCUUUAACUCUAAAUAUGUUUGUUGUAUUAAACUUCCCUUCUUCUUUCAAGGUAUUCAUUAAUAACUUCUUUUUUAACUAUUAAAAUGCUAAUGUUUAACUGCAGUAUGGAUAAAUUUAAUUUCUUUAGUUGGACUAUAUAUGCAUUUUAGAUUUCUAGCAAAGAACACAAGUUGUAAAUUAUAGCCGGUGUGGAUUUAAAAAAAAAUUUUGUCAAUCAUCUUUUUCAUGUAAUCAAAAAUACAGAUUCCUUUUUCUGA